AUUUUACUUCAUUUCCUACCGGGCAUCAACAGAGAGUCAAACGCCAAACCAUUGUCCGGUCAAAUGGGCGACCACGCCUCGAACUCACCACCCGAACCACUCGAACCCAGGGCUCGGCCAGCGGGCGGCACCGAGUACAGUUGGUGCAAAGCAGUGCCGACUGGCACAGGCAUCACAGUCCUAACCCUCAUCCUCUCUAAACCCCCAGACCUCUCACUUCUCCAAAAUACCUUCAACAAAUUCCAAAGUUCCCACCCUCUCCUCCGAUCCAAGCUCCGCUUCGACCCCACCAGCAGCACCUUCUCCUUCAUCACGCCGCCGUCUCCUCAAACUCAAAUCCAGCCGUUCGAUCUCCCAUCAACGUCUCGGAUCCUCCAAGCCCAUCCCAAUGCCCAUUCCAUCGAUCCUCACCAUCUUAUCCUCGAGCACGAGUUAAAUCAAAAUACGUGGCGCGAUAACGACAAACCGUUAGACGCGGACGCUGACAUGUUCUUCGCGAGCGUUUACGCGCUGAGCGACGCGCGGUGGGUGGUGGCGCUCCGGUUUCACACGUCUGUUUGUGACCGCGCGUCCGCGGUGGCGCUGUUGAGGGAAUUACUGGAGGAAAUGUGCGGAGGCGGGAGUGGGGGGACAGAGGGGGAAUUUGAGGGGAAGACGGAGGUUAGUUUGGGAAUUGAAGAUUAUAUACCGAGCGGAAAAGAUAGGAAGGCGUUUUGGGCGCGUGGGGUGGACGUGCUUGGGUAUUCGUUGAACUCGUUCAGGUUGUCUCAGUUGGAUUUUUUGGACGUUGAAUCGCCGAGGUUUUCUCAGGUGGUCCGUCUGCAAAUGAGCGCUGAUGAAACCUCGAAGCUCGUUGAUGGUUGCAAGACAAGAGGCAUUAAGCUCUGUUCAGCCAUAGCAGCUGCUGGUGUGCUUGCAGCACAUGCCUCCAAGCAUCUUACCGAUAGCCAAAAGGAGAAAUAUGCCGUGGUGACCCUCAUGGAUUGCCGGCCGAUCCUUGAGCCAAUUCUCAGUAACAAUCAUAUUGGUUUUUAUCAUUCUGCAAUACUCAAUACACACGAUGUAACGGGAGACGAACAACUAUGGGAGCUAGCAAUAAGAUGUUACACCUCCUUCAACAAUGCCAAGAAAUAUAACAAGCAUUUUACUGACAUGUCUGACCUCAACUUCCUCAUGUGCAAGGCCAUUGAUAACCCGGGUCUAACUCCAUCGUCAUCCUUGAGAACUGCCUUCAUCUCCGUGUUUGAGGAGCCCGUUACUGAUGAAUCCAGCGAAAAGCAUCGAGAGGUCGGCCUAGAGGACUAUGUUGGUUGCUCGUCUGUCCACGGAGUUGGCCCCUCCAUUGCUGUCUUUGACACAAUUCGCGAUGGGAAGUUGGAUUGCGCAUGUGUGUAUCCAUCUCCGUUGCAUUCAAGAGAACAGAUGCUGGGACUGAUUGAUAGUAUGAAGAAAGUUCUUGUGGGUGCUGGUAACCUCGUGGAAAAUGGGAAGAAUUUCACAACUACUUAAUUGUACUUCUUAAGGAAAAAAAAAAAAAAAUGGAACGGUGAAUAAGUGAGAGUAUAAUUUGGUUCACAUAAAACCAGAGUAAUUUAUCUUGAAGAAAAUAAAUGAAGUAUUUCUAUCAAUCUGCAAAUCUAAA